GGAAUCCAAAACGGUUGCGUUUAAGUAACUUUUCAAUCAGUUAAAACGUCACUGUAUUUAUCUUGGAUUAUAUUCUUUCUGGGCAUCCAAAACGGUUGCGUUUAAGUACCUUUUCCAGCAGUGUAAACGUCGCCGUACUUGGCUUGGGUUGAAACGAGAAGAAGAAUGAAGAGCCGCAAAAGAAAGCAGCUUCAAUCCCAAAUCGAUCCCAACAAAACCACCACCGAUAAUGCAGAGCCUUACCCUGAUCAUCCCCUUCCCACUCCUCAAGACUGUCAAGCCGUAAUGGAUUCCCUCUUCUCUCUCCAUGGCUUUCCUCCGGAGUUCGCCAAGUACCGCUGCCAAAGAUUAAAAUCAAUCUCCCCCGAUUUGACGACUAAAAUCUCUCCUCCUCCCAUCAAUGUUGGUUCCCAAGACGCUGUCAAAUCACAAACCUCGGUUGAGCACGAGCACGAGGAGAGUGUUCUUGAUGGGUUAGUGAAAACUGUGCUUUCGCAGAACACUACCGAGGUUAAUUCCCAAAGGGCUUUUGCUUCCCUUCGAGCUGCUUUCCCAACAUGGGAUGAUGUUCUUGCUGCUGAACCAAAAUCCAUUGAGAAUGCAAUAAGAUGUGGAGGCUUGGCCCCAACAAAGGCUUCUUGUAUAAAAAAUAUACUAAGUUGCUUGCUUGAGAAAAAAGGCAAACUAUGCUUGGAGUACCUGCGGGAUUUGUCAGUGGAUGAAAUUAAGGUUGAGCUCUCGCAUUUCAAAGGAAUUGGUCCAAAAACGGUAGCUUGUGUUUUGAUGUUUCAUCUUCAGCAAGAUGAUUUUCCAGUGGAUACACAUGUGUUUGAGAUUGCAAAGGCUAUUGGUUGGGUUCCAGCUACAGCAGACAGGAACAAGACAUACCUGCAUCUCAACAGAAGGAUUCCAAACGAACUUAAAUUUGAUCUGAACUGUCUUUUAUACACCCAUGGGAAGUGCUGUAGUAAAUGUACCAAGAAAGGGACUAACCAGAAGGGAAGAGCAUCCUCUCAUGGUACUUGUGCUAUGUUAAAUUACUGUAAGAACUCUAAUGUUAAUAUUUAAAGGAGAAAAUCAAUAAUUUCAGUAGAAUAGCCUCUUUAGAUCCCUAAUAUGAUUUUCUCCUACCUUUACCCUAGUCAUAUCUAAACUCUUAAUGCAAGACAACUUAGUGUUAUAAAUAGAAGAGUAUUUUUGGUCAGAUAUUGCAGGUGUUUCAUUUGAGAUUGAGUAUUUUUGCUCAUAGAAGUUCACAUGGUGGCAAAGAAACUGAAAAUAUUUGGCUUUGAAUUCUUACACCGAGGAUGAGGAAUGUCUAAAGAUAUCUGAUGAAGCAAACAGAGAAGGGAAAUCUUUAUAUGAAGUUAGGGCUUGCUUUAUUUGUCAAAAUCUAUAUAUUAAGUUAGGGCUUGCUCCACAAUCAGGCAUUUCUGAUGCUCCUCUAGAAAUGAAUGUAAUAGGAUUAGAGAAAUGUAAGGAAUGAUUGUUCCCUCUACAGCUUUAAUUGAAGAAUUCUUUUGAA